UUUAAACCUUACGUCUUUGCAUUUACAGGUACGGAAUUGCAGUAUAUAGAAAGUACAGCAGUGGCAGCAGAUAUCCAAAUAUCUCACUCUCUGCACCAUUACCAGGGAUCCCUAAACCAGUGUUUGCGUCCGUUGAUGGGCAUGAACAAUGCGAGACUAAAAUCACUACAUUGGAAAAUGGCCUUAAAGUAGCAUCUCAAAACAAGUUUGGUCAGUUCUGCACGGUUGGAAGUAAGUUCCUACAGUAUUUGAAUAGAACUGAUCUUUCCUUAUCAUUCUAUUUAAGUCUCCAUUGCUGCAUAAUCAAUAUAGUAUGACUGAAUAAUGAUUUGCUUCUUCCCUCCUUCCAGUUUUAGUAAAUUCAGGCUCCAGGCAUGAGACAAAAUACCCCAGUGGAAUUGCACACUUUGUGGAGAAACUAGCCUUUUCUGUAAGUGUCAUCUCUUGCACAAGGUGUCUCAAAGCAGAUGUUCCACUGUUUUGCCUCAGUGUUGUCACUGUUGUAGCAUAAGCAAAUUGAUGGCCAUGUUUUUGUUUAUGGGAAACGAUGAAAGUACAAUAUGCAUCUUCAGUCCACAGCCCAGUAUGGCAGUAAAGAUGAAAUUCUUCUCACACUUGAAAAACAUGGAGGGAUCUGUGACUGCCAAACAUCCAGGUAUGAAUCAUUUCUUUGGCUUUAAUGUCCAGGCACUGUAUAUUUUCUCUCUGACUGAUGGAAAGGUAUACUAACAAUAUAGUCAUGGUACUCUUUAUCCCUUUCAAUGUUGUACUGCUUUAGAAGGGGAUGAAACUCUUCAGUCAGUUUGUAUGAUGUUUUUAUUCACAGAGACACCACCAUGUAUGCGGUCUCUGCCGAGGUGAAGGGACUGGACACGGUAGUCAGCCUGCUCUCUGAUGCUGUAUUGCAGCCACGCCUACUAGGUGAGUCAACACUGAGUGACGGAUCUCAUGUUUGAGGUCUCCUUCAAUGAUUUGGAGAAAAUGUUGACUUCAUUGAAUUGUCUACAAAAGGAACAGACUAGUAAAUGUUUUUGUUGGAGUAUAUUUUCUUCAGGGAUUGCUCUGCUUUUGGUUACUAGAUGAGGAGAUCGAGAUGACUAGGAUGGCUGUGCGCUUUGAGCUGGAGGAUCUGAACAUGAGGCCUGACCCUGAACCUUUACUGACGGAGAUGAUCCACGCAGUGAGUCAUACUAUUGAUUGAUUGAUUGAUACACUCAGAAAUUACAACACUCUUGAGCUGCAUGAAGUCUGUUGCACUGUUACUGAUUUACUUUGGCCCCACCUCUGCAGUGAGCCUAGAUCAUCAAUUGUGCCAUUUGUGGACAAAUGUGUAUGACGAUACAUAACGUUUCACAACACUUACUCUGUGACUAGGCAGCAUAUCGGGGGAACACCGUUGGGUUGCCUCGCUUCUGUCCAGUAGACAACGUGGAGAAGAUCGACAAGAAGCUGCUACACACGUACCUGCGGAGCUACUACUGUCCAGAGCGUAUGGUGCUAGCCGGAGUGGGCAUCGAACAUGAACAACUGGUGGCCUGCGCCAGGAAAUAUCUGCUGGAUGUGAAGCCAGUAUGGGGAGCCAGUACGCCUACCAAUGUCGACCUGUCUGUGGCACAGUACACUGGUGGAAUCGUAAGGGUAAGAGCAUCAAGAUGUUUCCCUUUCAUUGCUUACUUUUUCCUUUUCUUAUAUUUAUUUAACUAAAUCAGAAUGUAAAUCUCUGUUUUGAUCCUCUCAGAUGGAUAAGGAUAUGUCAGAUGUGAGCCUUGGCCCCACCCCCAUUCCUGAGCUCACCCACAUCAUGAUUGGCCUGGAGAGCUGCUCCUUCCUAGUGGGUGCUCACUGUGGUUGGUUGGUGUGGAGAAUCUCCCAUCCACUUGCUUGAACUGUUGCAGGCUCUAUCUAGGUUAUCCUGUGUCUGGAUGUUAAUAUGCAUGUUUUGUGAUACAGGAGGAGGACUUUAUCCCAUUUGCCGUCCUCAACAUGAUGAUGGGUGGAGGUGGGUCCUUCUCAGCGGGGGGUCCUGGGAAAGGCAUGUUCACCCGGCUUUACCUGAACGUGCUCAACAGGUAAGCAGGACGCAUCCUUCUAAAUUCUAAUUAAAGUAAUUUCGAUGGAUUUCUUUAUUUAAAUUCAUGUUUUUAUACAUUUUUUAUUUUUCAGGCAUCAUUGGAUGUACAAUGCCACCUCAUACCAUCACAGUUAUGAGGACAGCGGCCUGCUGUGUAUCCAUGCCAGUGCAGACCCCAGACAGGUAGGGAGAGGGGUUUCAGGAGAGGCAGGGCAGGACUUUACACUGUAGUUUAAAGGGCUAAUACAAAGCAGCCAUAUGCUUGGAGAAUAACAUCUGUUAAAAAUAAAACAUUUUUGUUAUGUCUUUUUUAAAUAAUAAAUAAUUUGGUGGGUGUUUAUAUUUGUCAAAUGUCACACAUUUACAAGUGUGUAUUAAUACAUGCAUUCAGUGGCCAGUUUAUAAGGUACACCCAUCUAGUAUUGUGUCGGACCCCCCUUUGCCUCCAGAACAGCCUGAAUUCUUCGGGCAUGGAGACGUUGCUCAAUUGGUAUCAAGGGACCUAACGUGUGCCAGGAAAACAUUCCCCACAUCAUUAUACCACCGCCACCAGCCUGCGGCCAUGGACUUACGCUACUUACGCCAAAUCCUGACUGCCAUCAGCAUGACGCAACAGGAACUGGGUUUCGUAGGACUAGGCAAUAUUUUUAGACUCCUCAAUUGUCCAGUGUUGGUGAUCACGUGCCCACUGGAGCUGCUUCUUGUUUUUAGCUGAUAGGAGUGGAACCUGGUGUAGUCGUCUGCUGCAAUAGACAAGGACUGACGAGUUGUGCGUUCCGAGAAGCCGUUUUGUUCACCAAUGUUGUACUGCUCCGUUAUUUGCCUGUUGGUGGCCUGCCGCUUGCACGAUUCUUGCCAUUCUCAUUCGACCUCUCAUCAACGAGCUGUUUUCGCCCACAGGACUGCCGCUGACUGGAUGUUUGUUUGUCGCACCAUUCUCUGUAAACCCUAGACACUGUCGUGUGUGAAAAGCCCAGGAGGCUGGCCGUUUCAUACCACGCUCAAAGUCUUAGGUCACUCGUUUUGCCCCGCCUAAUGUUGAAUUGAACAGUAACUGAAUUCCUAUGCUGGUCUGCCUGCUUUAUAUAGCAACCGCGGCCACGCGACUCACUGUUUGUAGGAGCGACCCAUUUUUGUGAAAGGGGCCAGGGUCUGUCAUUAUCAACGGUGACCCUGGAGCAAUUAGAGUUAAGUGCCUUUCUCAAGGGCACAUCGACAGAUUUUUCAGCUUGUCAGCUCGGGGAUUCUAACUAGCAAUCGUUCUGUUACUGGCCCAAUGCUCUAACCUUUAGGCUAUCUGCCGCCCCUGGAUUUGACUUUGUAUUAUGUGUGUUCUCUGAAGUUGUGAAAGGGCUGCCAUUCCAACGUUGUUGAUUACAACAUCUUGCUUUGUCAAGGUUCGGGAAAUGGUGGAGAUUAUAACCAGAGAGUUCAUUCAGAUGGCUGGGACAGCAGGAGAGGUAAGGCUUGCCAUUAGCCUGGUGUGGGAAAUUAUCACACAAGCCAUUUUAAAUUGACAAAGCUUUCUGAACAUGGAACUCUCUUUGAACUUCCAAACUUUGCAUCUCUCUUUCUGUGCUCAGAUGGAAUUGGCAAGAGCGAAGACGCAGCUCAAGUCCAUGCUGAUGAUGAACCUGGAGUCGCGUCCGGUUAUCUUUGAGGAUGUCGGCCGACAGGUUCUAGCCACAGGGAAGAGGAAGCUGCCACAUGAGCUGUGUGACCUCAUCAGUGAGUAAUAGUGCCCUGGGUCAUAAUAGUGGAUAUAAAUAUCAGCAAGCCCAGAAUGAAACAUUGGUGUCCAACAAUCUGCAGGGAAAUGACUAAUCAUAACUGUCAUAGCAUAAAGAACUACUGAUCUGCCAACUUUUCACUCACUCCUCUUUCCAGGUAACAUUACAGCAAGCGAUAUCAAGAGGGUCACAACCAAGAUGCUGCGCAGCAAGCCAGCAGUAGCAGCGCUAGGAGACUUGACCGAGAUGCCCUCCUAUGAGCACAUCCAAGCUGCCCUGUCCAGCAAGGACGGACGCCUGCCUCGCAUGUACCGCCUCUUCCGAUAGACCUCCCUACGUUUACCCAGACAUCAUUGUAUAUACUGGACACUGACCUAUGCUAGUGUUCUCUCAAUAGAGAUGUGCUAAGCUCUGGGAGAGUACUGUUUGGAUCUCCCAACUGUAAAAGAAAAGUGUUGAGUGAGGUGAUUUUUAAAAACUAAAUUUUACUUGGUGAGGAUAUACCCUGCUCUGUGCACCUGGAGCGUCUACAUUUUCUUGCCAGAGGGA